AUGACCAUAUCUAUUGUGGUCUGUUUUCUACUUGGUUUAAUUACACAAAAUUAUUCACAAGUUGAUAAAUUAUGGAGUUUAUUACCACUAAUAUAUUGUUUGAUUGUUGUUUUAUGUUCAACAGUUCAACCUCGUAUUCUCUUAAUGACUAUUCUUGUUUGGAUGUGGGGUCUUCGUUUAACAUAUAAUUUUGCACGAAAAGGUGGUUAUACAUGGUCAGGUGAAGAUUAUCGAUGGCCUGUAUUAAAAAAAAUUAUUAAUAAUCGUUUUUUAUUUGAAUUAUUUAAUUUAAUAUUUAUUUCUAUUAUUCAAAAUAUUCUUCUUCUCUUUAUUACUUCACCAAUUUUUUAUGUAGCAUACCAUCAAUCAUUACCACUUAAUGCAUGGGAUUUAAUUUGCACAUUAUUUUUCUUAUUGUUUUUUACUAUUGAAGUUACUGCUGAUCAACAACAAUGGAAUUUUCAUGCAGAUAAAAAAGAAAACCGAUCAUGGACAAAAGACGGUUUUCUUCAAACAGGUCUUUUUAAAUAUUCAAGACAUCCAAAUUUUUUUUCAGAAAUAAUGAUAUGGUGGGUUUUUUAUGCAUUUACACUUUCUGUUCAACCAUUUUCUUAUGUUAAUUGGACAAUUUUGGGUUCUAUUUCAUUGACAUUAUUGAUAAAUGGUUCAACAAAUUUUACUGAAACGAUUAGUUCACAAAAAUAUCCAAAAUAUAAGCAAUAUCAACAAACAACAUCAAGACUACUACCAUGCUGGUCGUCGAAGAAAGUUGAUUAA